UCGCGCGCGGCGGAAAUGCCCGUGACAGUUCGUACUCCUUUGCCGUCUCUUUCGUGUGAUCUCUCUUUUUCCGGCAUCGUGUAUGCUAGUGGACACAUUUCAUCCAAGAACGCAAUGGCCGAUACAGCGAAGAAGGCUGCCCCUAAGAAGGCUGGUGGCAAGGCCGCCGCCAAGAGCGCCGCUGCUCCGGUGGUCGCCAAGGGCGUCAAGAAGUCCCAAACCAAGGAGGCCAUCCUGGCCCGUACCCACAAGCCGAAGGGACAGCGCACGGCCAAGGCCGCCCUGCCCUACCAGAAGAAGAGCUACGGCCGUCUCUGGGCUAAGGCCGUCUUCACCGGGUACAAGCGUGGCCUGCGGAACCAGCACGAGAACCACGCCAUCCUGAAGGUCGAGGGUUGCCGCAACCGCAAGAACGCCCUGUUCUACAUCGGCAAGCGGUGCGUGUACGUGUACCGUGGCAAGGCCAAGCUGAGCGCGCCCGGCCUCGCUGAGAAGAAGACCAACAUCCGCGCCAUCUGGGGCAAGAUCACCCGCUCGCACGGUAACAGCGGCAGCGUGAGGGCUCGCUUCCGCACCAACCUGCCCGGCCACGCCAUGGGACACCGCAUCCGGAUUAUGCUGUACCCAUCCCGUGUUUAAGCCUAAGCUAAACUUACUGUGUAAAUUUACAACAAACCACAAUAAAAAGCGAGGAUAUUCCUACUAAAAACAGCAAC